UCGUAGUUGGGGGAAAAAAAACGCGGCGGUGAUGGCGGCGGCGCAAGCGGAGGCGGAGGAGGAGCUGCGGCUGGAGCUGGAGGCGGUGGCGGCGGUGUACGGGGACGACGUACGCGUGCUCCGCGACCUCCCGCCACACCUCGUCGUCGACGUGCGGCCCCGCACCGCCGAUGACUCCUCGCAGCAGUUUGUGGAGCUUUUUCUUGGAAUUAAAGCAUCUUCACAGUAUCCGAAGGAACCACCACAUAUUUAUGCUGUGGAAAGUAAGGGCCUUGAUGAAAAUCGACAGAUAUAUCUUAUUACCAGCAUCCAGAGCAAGGCAAAAGAACUUUCAAACUACCCAAUGUUUGUGACGUUGUGUGAGGAAGCUGGAGAGAUCCUCUCGAAUAUGAAUCAUCCAGCUGGGGAUUGUCCAUUGUGUCUGUAUCCUUUAGUGGGAGAGGAUAAGGUUGGAUCAGAGUUGCCAUUUAUGAAGUUGAUGUCAUGCUACCACUGCUUCCACAGUGACUGCAUUAUGAGAUGGUGGGAAUGGCUCCAACAUGGUGAUGCCAACCUGAAGGAGCGUAAUACUGGAGACAAGCAUUAUAAUGUGAAUCAGCCAAGAGGAUUUUGUCCAGUUUGCCGCAAGGUGUUCGAUGAAAAGGAUAUUGAGCAUGUUCGUGAUCUUUUGGGUGACAAUACUUCCCGGCUGGUAUCGUUAACAGGUGACCUCGGUGAAGAUGAAACUGAAUUACUCCAUUCUGAGGCAGAGCAAAACAGGAGAAAAAGAAUUGAGUCAAUUGUUAAUCUGCAGCAAGAACGAAACGGCCUGAUUGAACCAAAGAAAGACCUCGCCAUACAACCAGGAAUGUAUGUUUCUCUUCCUCCCAGCACACCAGAGACAGCUGAAGAAGAGAAUGCGGAUCCCAGCAAAGACACGGCUACUUCAACCUCAGAAACAGAGCAUCGUGGCCUGGCAAACAACACCAGUAGCAAUAAGCCCAAGAAUUCAGGCCAUCGAAGGAGAAACAGAGCUAAUGCAUCAAGAAGACAGCCUCACCCUCACGGCCAGUCUGCUAGGCAGCAGUGGCAGAGGAAAGAAGCAGACACCUGAAGCAAUGAGGACGUGACUUGUGAGUUGUUUUUAUCGGUUGUGUAUAUUAAUGUCGUGCCCUGCAUUGGUUUCAUAAUUGUAAGGCAUGACACGGCAAUGUUUUGGCGCUGCUAUGGCAGUUUUAUGCUAUAAGGGUACUCUGGAAAGAACCUGCACUGGAUUCUAUAGAACUAGUAUAAAACUCUGCGUGCUUGGAAGUACACACUGUAUUUUUUUUUUUGGGGUGUCAUUGCCAGGUACUUGUCAAAUUGCUUGGCCGUGGUCAGAAAAGAUACGGAUUACACUGUUUCUUAUUUCUUGUUCUUCAAUUUGCAUUAUGUGUUUGAAAUACAUAGGUUGCAGUUUAGGUCA